AUGGCGACAGUGCGCAUCUGUGUGUGCGGGGACGAGGGGACGGGAAAAUCUAGCCUGAUCGCAUCCCUUGUCAAGGACGUCUUUGUCUCCAACAAAAUCCAGGCUGUCCUGCCCCAGAUAUCCCUCCCGCCGAGCAUCGGUACCCCAGAGAACGUCACCACAACCAUCGUCGAUACAUCUGCCCGGCCACAAGAUCGCAAUACCCUGCGGAAAGAGAUCCGAAAGUCCAAUGUCAUACUCCUCGUCUACUCCGACCACUACAGCUAUGAGAGGGUUGCGCUCUUCUGGAUGCCCUACUUCCGCUCCCUCGGGGUCAACGUUCCCGUUGUGUUGUGCGCGAACAAGUCCGACCUGACAGGAGAUGGAAAUACAGCCCAGGUCGUCGACGAAGAGAUACUGCCUGUGAUGCAUGAGUUCCGUGAGAUCGAUUCCUGCAUCAGGACAAGCGCUCGGGAGCACCGCAAUGUGAACGAGGUCUUCUUCCUUUGCCAAAAAGCCGUGACCCACCCGAUCGCACCACUGUUCGACUACAAGGAGGGCAACCUCAAGCCUGCCUGCGCAUCGGCUCUCCGUAGGAUCUUCUACUUGAGUGAUAAAGACCAGGAUGGUUACCUAAAUGACCAGGAGAUGCACGACUUCCAGGCCAAAUCCUUCGAGCGGCCCUUGUCACAGGAAGACCUGGACAAUAUUAAAUUAACUGUCAGCAAGGUGUCGCCUGGCACCAAUCUCGAAAAGGGUGUAGACUUGGAAGGUUUUCUGCGUCUGAACAGGAUGUACGCGGAGAAGGGCCGGCACGAGACAAUAUGGAUCAUACUGCGGAAGCACCACUAUACUGAUAGUCUCAGUCUGGAGGACAACUUUCUACGGCCAAAAUUUGAUGUCCCCGAGUACGCGUCGUCGGAAUUGAGCCCUGCCGGGUAUCGCUUUUUCGUGGACCUUUUCAUCGCAUUCGACAAGGACAACGAUGGAGGGCUCAACAGCGAGGAGCUGGCGGCGUUGUUUCGGCCAACACCUGGCCUGCCCCAGUCGUGGACUGACGCUUCUUUCCCGUCGUCCACUGUGCGAAAUGAAGCCGGGCACAUCACGCUGCAGGGCUGGCUCGCACAAUGGAGCAUGACUACCUUCCUCGAGCCGAAGACGACGCUCGAGUACCUAGCAUAUCUCGGCUUUGAGGCCUCGAAUCCCAAGGAGUCGAUCACCAGCGCAUUGAAGGUGACCAAGGCAAGGAAGCGUAGAAAGCGACCUGGCCGAGUCGAGCGAGGCGUUGUGUUGUGCUAUGUCCUCGGCGCAUCCGGAGCGGGGAAGUCGUCUCUCAUGGACGCCUUCUUGAACAGGCCCUUUGACGCUCUCCACCGCCCGACCAUCAAGCCUCGGCGGGCUGUCAACAGUGUCGAGCUUCAAGGUGGAAAGCAAUGCUACCUCAUCCUCGAGGAGCUCGGGGAGCUCGAGCCCGCCAUCCUCGAGAACCAUGCCAAGCUCGAUGCCUGUGACCUUCUUUGCUACACGUACGACUCUUCCGAUCCAGACUCGUUCUCGCACAUUGUCGACCUCCGCCAGAAGUUCCCACAGCUCGACGAAUUGCCUUCUAUAUAUGUGGCCCUGAAAGCCGACAAGGACAAGACCACACAGCGCUGUGAGAUGCAACCUGACGCCUACACGCACGGCCUAAUGAUGCCCACCCCGCUUCACGUGAGCGUGACAUGGCAGAGCAUCAGCGAGCUCUUUGUCGCGCUGGCUGAGGCGGCGACGAAUCCUAGCUCCGGAUUCCCGAAGAGUGAGGAGCCGCCGCCGGAUAUGACAAGUCUCUCUGGUGAUAUGGCGGCGCUCGACCCUUGGGUCGUCGGCAUGAUGAGAGGGAAGUGUCAAAGAUCACAGUUCGAAGCUGGAACAAAAGCUACCGAGACGCAACUUCUCGUCGGGGACGGCGUGUUCUUUACCAUGGGAGAUUGA